UCGCCGUUGUCGUGUGCCAGGGAAUCAGUUUUGGCGGACCAUCGUCGGCGGACGGACGGACAGACGGACAGGACCUGCACAGUAUAAUUGUCGUCGUGUUCGUCGUCGUCGUCUUCGGUUAAUAAUAUUAUCAUCGAAUCGAGGAGUUGUGCACGUCGACGAAGCAUUUUCGGAGUUCGAGUACACUCGAACCUAAUAAUAUUAUUAUUAUUAUUAUUAUUAUUAUUAAAAUUUGAAUUUUGAACCGAUGUUGAGCCUCUCUUGCGCCGUUGGUGGCGAUGAUGCUUUCGAACCCGACGACUGGCGCGGUCGCUUAACCCUCCGUGACGCAUAGUCGCAAACGACGCCACUUGUUGUUGUCUUCGCCGUCCGAUACCCACUGCCACACGCGUUCAGCGCCUUUUUAGAUAAUCAGUAUAAGAAGUAAAUUACGUGACGUAUGACGAUAACACUGUUUGUACACUAUACACAAUAUAAGUACGAAGAGGAAACUGUUCAUUUGGAAAAUAACAACACUAUAUUUUCAACCUUUUUUCAGGUUACAAUGUGACUGUCGGCGGUUGUUAUUAAUCGAAACCUUAAGUAAUGAGUACGAGUAUUCGGGUACAGGAGAAGGCAGUUUCCACGGACCCGGAGCAAUUGUGCGACCUAGACCACGAAGACUACCGGGUGCAUCACAUCCUGGCGGCACUAGUCAACCGUAAAGUCAUAUCCAUCAAAGCGGAUAUUUGUGAGGCCAAACUCAAAUGGAGGAUACAGCCAAAGUUAUUGGUGCAAAGAUUGGCAGAGAAAAACUCAAAAAACAAACGCAAACUAGGACGCCGAAAGGGUCGCUGCAUGCAUUCAUGUCAAAAACACCAUCACCACAACCAUCACCACCAUCAUCAGCAUCGACAUGAUCUAGAUCACCAAUUAUUUCACCACCAUCACCACCAUUGUGAUGGGAUCGUUCGACAAGAAGAACCUACCCAAGUUGAAGAAUGGCCUCAGACUCAAAAACCUGCAGUACCCUAUUUAGGGGGGCACAUCCUUACCGCCGCAUUGCAAAGAUCUACUGCUGGCAUGUCAGAAGAAAAUCGGCAUUAUAUAGAGGCUCAAAACCCAAAGACUCGGUUGAAAAAAAAAAUCCGAAGAACAAGAUUCGGAGAAGAUAAACAUAAUGUAAUGAGACCACAUCCCGUACCCACUAUACAUCCAGACGACUUGCCUCAAAGAGCGAGAUGGACAAUUAUCAUCACCGCCGGACUGUUGCUCAUCACUUGUAUGUUGUUGGUGGGCGUAACAUUAAGAAUGGCACCCGUAAUUGACGAACUCGUUCGAAAUAAAAACGAAGAGUUAAUGAAUUCACUAGACCGGGAAGAAUUUGGACCAAUGGACAAUAACACUGAAUACAUGUAUAGGUAACAACUUGAAUAGUUAAAUAAACUAACAUUUUAACUAAGAACAUUAUAAAAUAAUAAAUAUAUUUAACAAAAUUGUAUUAAGGUACCUAUACUAAUUACUGUGGUAUAAUGUAACCCUUAUAAUAUUAUGUUAAGACGUUAAUUUGUAAAUAUUGUUGCGUAAAAGAAAUCGUCGAUGCAUCGUCCAAAAGUUAAUUUCUAAAUAAUAAUAAAUGGCAAUCACUGAUUUCUGGAUUUUUGUAUUCUGAAUGUUUAACAUAAUUAACAAUAAUUAUUUACGUCUAGAGGAUAUAAUCUGUAAAUGAUUAUGAAUGUUUUUGAACUAUUAUGAUAAUAUUUGUAUAAUAAUAAUUGAUAAUUAUGUUUUUAUUGUAGGUGAACCAAAAAACUAUAAUUAUAUAUUAUAUAUAUAUAUUUAAAUGUUAAAC